GAUUAAGACCAGACCAACAGCUGCUUUUGAUUGUGCCAACACCAUGGGAAGGAUUGCUAAAGAGGUUUCUGGCCAGACCCUGUGCUUCAUUGGUUUUGUUGGUAUAUGUGUCUGUUGUGGCAUUCCCAUGUGGCGUGUCACUUCGUACAUUGGUGCCAACAUUGUCACGGGCCAGAUUGUCUGGGACGGCUUGUGGAUGAACUGUGUAAUGCAGAGUACAGGACAGAUGCAGUGUAAAGUCCAAGAUUCAAUAAUGCGACUGACCCAGGACUUGCAAGCGGCACGUGCGCUGACCAUCAUCGCAAUAGUGAUCGGCUGCAUUGGAAUGCUACUGACGUUUGUGGGUGGUCAGUGCAGUAGCUGUCUGAAGAAAGAGUCCUCUAUGGCCAAAGUGCUGAUACUGGGUGGCAUCCUCUGCAUUAUAGCUGGAGUUGCCUGUCUUAUUCCGGUCUGCUGGUCCGCCGCUGUCACCAUCUCAGAUUUCCAGAAUGUUCUCACAAUUGAGACACAAAAGAGGGAGAUUGGUGCAUCCAUAUACAUAGGCUGGGGCAUCCUGGGCAUGUCCCUAGGCAUUAUUGGUUUCAUAGGAGCUAUUGUGAUUUGUGCCCUUCCUAUGUGGAAGGUGACAGCAUUCAUUGGAGCCAAUAUCGUUACUGCGCAGACCAUCUGGGAAGGCUUGUGGAUGAACUGUGUGAUACAAAGCACAGGACAAAUGCAGUGCAAAAUCUAUGACUCCCUCUUGGCCUUACCUCAGGACUUGCAGGCGGCUCGGGCACUUGUGGUCAUCGCCAUCAUUGUGUGCAUCUUUGGGAUCAUCCUGGGAAUUGCUGGAGGAAAAUGUACCAGCUUUGUCGAGAGGGAAGACACAAAGGCAAAGGUGGCUAUCGCUAGUGGUAUAAUCUUCAUCGUUGCUGGAGUGUUGGUUCUGGUCCCCGUCUGUUGGUCAGCUAACACCAUCAUCAGGGAUUUCUACAAUCCCUUGCUCACAGAUGCUCAAAGAAGGGAGAUUGGGGCUUCUCUAUAUAUUGGAUGGGGUGCAGCUGCACUGCUGAUCCUGGGAGGAGGUAUACUGUGUAGCUCCUGCCCACCUAAGGACGACAACUACGGCAUCAAGUACUCUCAGCCACGGUCUGUUGCCACCAGCAAAGCCUACGUCUGAAAGAGAUCAAGCAUACAAAGACUUUUUACUUGCAAAGACUUUUUUUCCUGUAAAACCUCUUUAUUCCCACCUGCGGAUUUUUUUUCUAAGGAGAAGUAGAAGGACAGUGUCUGAUAUGACAGUUUAUUUACUGAGGUUUUGUGCUGUGAUUAUACAGAUCACUGAAAGAGAAAAAUGUGUAUAAUGUGAUGACAGGGAAUCAAACUCAGGGAAGCAGAGAUCUGUUUUUUUUUUUUUAUAAACAAGCCAUUCUUGCAAUUUAUGUUUAAUAUGACAAUAGGAAUAGUUUCAUUAAUCAGAUUUUAUAAAAUGUGUGUUAACCUUCUUAUCAUUAUAAAUUAGCAUUUUUUGCACAAAGAUGUCUUGAUCAUUAAAUUUGUCUUACUAUUUGUUUAUUAAAAUAAAUAGUUCUGUAAAACAACUUAUUGAUACUGCAUUGACAUCAUUUCAUAAUAAUAGUUUGACAAUACUGAAUAUUCUCAUGUCCAAGAAAAGAUCAGGUCAUGCUUGUCUCUGACAUGGUGACUAAACUGGUGAAAAACUUAACAGAGAUGUUGGCAAAGAUCUCCUGUAAAAACAGUUUGAGCAAUUUUGCUGUAAAACAAAACAAAAACAACAACAAACAAACAAAACAACAACAACAACAAUAACAUUUUGCUGUAAAAGAAAACAAUAAACAAUGAUCAGGUAUGUUCAGUCUGUUUCCACUUCAUUCGAAGAAAUUAAACAAAAAUUAUUGUUUCUGCCACAUAUUAUUUUUUUCCACUCGUUACGUCUAGAUGUUAUGUCGUUAAAACAACAUGUUUUCUCGUUAAAACAAUAUUUUUUUCCAUUAUAACGAGAUAUAAUAUAAUUAAAUUCAUAGAUAUAGCAUAUAACAACAUUCAUCUGAUAGAGGCGACUGUCAGCCCGUGGUGUCGCCAAGUUAUGAGAUAAACGAGGAUCUGCACGCUGCUCAAGUUACUGCUGGAGGAAUAAUCAGAAUACAAAAUUUACUCUUUUGACCUUAUUGUUUUUGUUGUAGAGGCAUUUUUAUUAUGAUUAAUCUCCAAUCUGUCCAAUCAUUGCACUCAAAUCAGGAGGAUAUGACUCUUUUAAGAUGAUCAAACCUGUUACUUUUGAAUAAUCGACUAUGGACUGUAAAUAUUUCCUUAUUUUAACGACUUCAGUUUGAUUUAACACUUGAUGAUUGUAUCGGAAAGUAAAGUAUAGCAAUACAAACAUUAUUGUUGUUUAAUUUGUACAGUCUUUAGGCUACUCAUAUUUAAUGUUUAAUGGAAUGUAUAUCUAAUUCUAAUGUUGUGUAAUGUGAUAUGAUGUUAGUAGGCUACACUGGAAAUAAAAUGUACCUUUUUUUUAAGA